GUGCAAGUGUGUUGCUCAGGUGUAACAUGAUUACACGGUCUCGAGAUAACAUCCGAAACGUCUCUGAAUGUUAUUGUUGGUGGUGGCACCGGAAAAGCCGGUACCUUCAUAUGAAUACAUAUAAUGAACACUAAGAAACACGUAUAGAUGACCGAAAAAUCACAGGUGCGAUGUGAAUAGACGGAGGGUUGAGAAAGAAAGCAGUCAUAGACGGUUAGAAAUAAAAAUUCAUACCUUUGAAUACACUGAUAAUGGCCAUGCGCAGAAUAAAGUGGGCUGUAUUGCACGCGGGAAAUUCUAGAUAUGGAUAAAUGUCAUUUUUCCAAAAAAUUUAUAAAUAUCCUGUGAAUCAUACUGAUGAAUUUAAUAAAUAUUUUUGUUUAAUACAAUUUCUAGAAAUUCCUGAAAUAAUAAUGGCCAAAUACAAUGUUUAGUUGCAUACCUUCUAUAUGGAUCAUAAAUAAUACUAAAACAAGAUAAAAGAAGAAUGAAAAAUCAUUAAAUGAAAUGAACGAAAAAUAAACAUUUACUACUGUGUGACGUCGAGUAUUUAUUAUUAACUGAAGGUCGCAGACAUCUUUUCUUGACAAUCACAAGUGAUGACUUAAAUUAUGCAGCAAUACAAUAUUUGGACUAAUGAUUUAAUUUCUCUCAAUACGAUUUAUUGUCAUCAAAAGUAUAAUAUUUAAAAAAUAUGGAUUGGUUUAGUACUAUCUGACUAUUAAAAUGUUUAUAAAAGAUUUUAAAUUAACUUGCUCAUGUAAUCAAAAGUUUCUGAAUGUGUUAUGAUUGUGUCCAUCAAUUUAGUAGGUCAUUACUCUUUUUACUGUAAAGGAAUUUUCGCUGUCAAGUUAAAAGGAAUCGAUUAAAGAGCAUUUUAGCUGUAAUUAUCAGCAUGCCGCAGAGCUUCCGGGCGUCAUUUAAUAGAUGAACAUGAUCAAGAAAUGUAGAAAAGAGGGAUAGUUCAGUUACAGACUUUAAUUAACUUUUAUCGAUCGUUUUUGAACAAUGAAAGAAUAAAUUUUAUGUUAGAAAUCACUUUUUGACACUACUGACAGUUCAUUUGAAUUCUUGUCAUAAUAUUUCUUCAUAAAAUUCUGCUGACAGUUAUGAAUUAAGAUAUUUUUUUGAUUAUUUCAUAGUAUAAUUGUGAAGAUAAAAAAAAAAUCAUUUGGGUUCUGAAAUGUAACAACGUCGGCCCUGAGACUUGCGCUCAUGUGGCAUCGAUUAGAAAAUGCAAGCAAAGUAAAUGAGGGUGUAGUGUCAGUGAGGGUAAAAAAGUGGAGAACAAUUCAUGGAUUUGUGUAAAAGACUGAAAGCAAGUUCAAAAUCAUAAUAAUAAGGAAUGCGUGCGCAUUUACGUAGGUUGUUUUUUUUCCUAAGUUUCAUCAUUUUCUUCUUCUUUGGCAUCCAUAUCUUGACAGGUCGAAAUCUUCUACUUCCGGUCGAUGAAGAUGCUUCUUUAGUAAGCUCAGAAGGUCAGGAAAAUGCACAAUUCACGCUUGCGUACGCACCUGGUACAUAUAUGAUUGGUCAUCAACCCAAAAACACCGCAGCCUGCAUUUGGGACUAUGGGUUACCAUCGUUAUUCUCUUAUUCGGUCAAUAAUAUCAUCUGGAGUCCACAGCAAGGAAGAAAAGGACCAUAUAGGAUCCUUCCAUUUAUCAUUCGAGGUGUCGAUCAAUCUUUUGAUAAAAAAUUAUUACCACAACUAACGUUGUGCACUCAUGCAACAGCUGACCUAGUUUAUAACAUCGUGGAAAUUAUAAGAAGAUGGGAAGGGCCAGUUAGUUUAGCUAUUUUUGUACCAGGAUAUGAUGCUGGACUUGCAGUUAAUCUACUCGACCGAGCUUGUCGGUGUGAGCCAGAGAUGAAUAAGCUAUCCGUCCAUUUGAUAUUUCCAGCGAAUCAUCCACCUGCCCUCAAGAACAAUUGUCCAACUUAUGGAGACUGUACUGCUCUAGAUCUCCAAAUAAAUAGAUCUGACACUGAAAGAUUUCGUCUGGGAAUGACAUAUCCUAUUAAUGUUGCUAGAAAUGUUGCUAAAGUCCUAGCAAAUACUUCUCGUGUUUUGGUGUCUGAUAUAGAAUUGUUACCCAGUGAGAAACUUGCUUCGGGUUUCUCGGAAAUGAUUGAUGGACAACCACCGCAGUAUGGACUUGUAUUUGUAGUGCCUGUAUUUGAAAUUGAAGAGAACGAACGACCACCUAAAAAUAAAAAGGAGUUAAUGAUUGCAAUGAAGAAUGGUGUGGCAGUUUACUUUCACAGAUAUGUUUGUAUACACUGUCAGAAGUUUCCAGGAAUAACACGAUGGAUGUUGAGACCAGAUCCAGGCCGAGUGAAACCUUUAAUUGUCACUCGGAGAGAAUAUCCUCAUCAUAGGUGGGAACCACUUUAUAUUGGUACUCAAGAAGACCCACUGUAUAACGAAGACAUGUCCUGGGAAGGGCGCCAAGAGAAGAUGGCCCAAAUGCUUGAAAUGUGUCUUUUAAAUUAUCAUUUGAUAAUUCUCGACGGGGCCUUUCUAGUCCAUUCACCAGGAAUAAAAAGGAAGUUAAAAAAAAUAAAUGCAUCAAAUAUUUAUGAACAUUCUCAGGAAAAAAAGAACGCUCAAAUAUAUCUAAGUAUCACGCAGAAUUUGCUCAAAAAAUAUCCGACAAAUAAGAAAUGCAGACAAUAGAAAAUUAUCAGGUUCCUAUUAAAGCAUAAUAGAAAAACAUAAUAAUAGUUAGAUAUUUUUUUAAAGAUAGAAGUAAAAUAAAAAUAAAAAUUAUUUUAUAGCUUCUUAUAAAUAGCUAAUUUAAAUAUGUAUCUACUGAAUUCAAAGUAUUAGCAAUAUCUGAUAAUAACGCCUUUAUUGCUGUUACGCACAUAAGACUAUUGUCCAAACAACAUACAAAUAAAUUAAGGAUUUAACUCAUAACAAAAAAAAUGACUUAACUAAUAUUUCAAAAAUAUUAGUAACAUUAGGACAUUAUUAUUUUUUUUUAUUCUUUCUUUUUAAUAAAGUAAUAAAAUAAAAAAUAAUAGAUGAUGGUGCUUAUUGAAAGAUAACAAUUUAUUGUUCGCCUAAAAAAAAUGGCAUAAUGCCGCAUGCAGCGUUUCCUUGCCACUUGCCUGGGUUCCACCCUCUUAAUGGCAAUUUAGUAUUCUCACUUUUACUUAUUUUAUCGCUCAAGUUUAUCUCAUUACCACCAAAUAACAUAUUCACAUCUGUUAAUUAACCAAUUGUGAUAUUUUAUACACUGCUAGUCUUAACUUUUAAUACAUUACGUAGAAUAGGCUGAUUAUUUAGUAAAAGAUGGUAUAUUGUUACAUGCUUCCUGUUUUAUUGUAAGCUAUUAAAA